AGAUUUCAAUACACACAAACACAAUUCCGAAGCCAAAACAAACAUAGUCUUCUCUUCUUGAGAAAUAUACAGCAAAAAUCUCAUAUCUAAUGGGUACUUUAGAUGCAAAACCAGCUGCUGAAACACAAGAAGUUUCCAUCAAAGAUCAAGCUCAACUAUGGAAUAUAAUCUAUGGUUUUGCUGAUUCUCUUGUUCUUCGCUGCGCUGUGGAGAUUGGAAUUGCGGAUAUUAUCAAAAACAAUGAUGGGGCAAUCACACUUGCACAACUUGCUUCAAAACUCCCAAUUACAAAUGUCAGUUCUGAUUACUUGUACAGAAUUGUAAGAUACUUGGUACACCUUAAUAUCUUAGAACAAGAAACAUGUAACGGCGGAGUUGAGAAGGUUUACUCGCUUAAACCGGUUGGUACGCUACUUUUAAGAGAUGCAGAAAGAAGUAUGGUGCCGAUGAUAUUAGGCAUGACUCAAAAAGAUUUCAUGGUUUCAUGGCAUUUCAUGAAAGAAGGUUUAGGAAAUGGAAGUACGACUGCAUUUGAGAAAGGAAUGGGAAUGGAUAUAUGGAAGUAUCUAGAAGGUAACCCUGAUCAAAGCCAGUUGUUUAAUGAAGGAAUGGCUGGAGAAACAAGACUGUUAACUAAAACUCUAAUUGAAGAUUGUAGAGAUACUUUUCAAGGUUUGGAUUCUCUGGUUGAUAUUGGUGGAGGAAAUGGUACAACAAUUAAGGCAAUCUAUGAAGCUUUUCCUCAUAUCAAAUGUACACUUUAUGAUCUACCACAUGUUGUUGCCAACUCUCAUGAUCUCCCUAAAAUCGAAAAAGUUCCCGGUGAUAUGUUCAAGUCUGUUCCCAGUGCUCAGGCUAUCUUACUCAAGUUGAUUUUGCACGACUGGACUAAUGAGGAGUGUGUCAACAUCUUAAAGAAGUGCAAAGAAGCAAUACCGAAAGAGACGGGGAAAGUGAUUAUAGUGGAUGUAGCGCUUGAAGAAGAAUCCAACCAUGAACUUACAAAGACAAGAUUGAUUCUUGAUAUUGACAUGUUGGUAAAUACCGGUGGUAGAGAGAGAACUGCAGAUGAUUGGGAAAAUUUGCUCAAACGUGCAGGCUUUCGGUCUCAUAGGAUAAGACCCAUUCGCGCAAUUCAGUCUGUCAUCGAAGCCUUCCCUUAGUAAAAGCUCUAAGGAGUAUUUUGCUUCUUUCUCAGCGAACCAUAUGCAGGCACUUGUCAACAUAAGCCAUCUUCAAUUGAGGCCAUAGUAUUUUGCUUUCUAUCCUAUUUUUUUUUUUUUUUUUGGUUUGUUUGUUUUUGUUUUUGUUUUUCUUUCACUACAAAAAAAAAAAGGUUCUAGGGACGGCCACUUCUCAAAAAACCGUCCCUAGAAAGGAGCAGUUGGGACACUCCAACUUAGCCGUCCCUAGUGUGUGUAUUUGGGACGGCUGGCAAAAAACCAUCUCAAUUAUUUCAUUAACUAGUUUGUCACCCGUGCUACGCACGAGUUUGGUUCUUGCUUAUGAAAUAAUUUUAUUAUAAUAAUUUAAUAAAACAGAUAAAAUUUCA